GAUACGCGUACACGGUACGGUUGGGAGCUGACCUGGGGGAUCCGUCCGGCUGGAGCUGAGUGACUGACCUCUAAAUCGUUAAGCGAGGAUACUGCACUGGCACCGUACCGGUUUUGCACGUAGACAAGCCAUAAUCGCGUGUGUGAUAUUGCAGGUGUAUGUGUCGUGUCGUGGGGACUGGUGGAAUAGUCGAGCCGGAAUUUCGCGGAAUUCGCAUUUGAUUUUGAGUAUUAUACUUGAGAAAUCUUGUGACCACUAUUAGUUAACCAUGCCUUCACUACAAAAGCAAAAACUAGCUCAAACUGAUGUCAGCGGGAAAAGGGUGAUUAUGAGAGUGGAUUUCAAUGUUCCACUGAAGGAUGGCGUUAUUACAAAUAAUCAGAGGAUUGUCGGUGCUCUUCCAAGCAUCCAGCAUGCCUUAGAUCAUGGCGCCAAAUCUGUUGUACUUAUGAGCCAUCUCGGAAGACCUGAUGGACGACGACAGGGCAAGUUCUCUCUCCAGCCAGCUGCGACGGAGCUCCAGAGACUUCUGAAAAGGGAUGUGAAAUUCCUGUCUGAUUGUGUUGGAGUAGAAGUUGAAGCUGCUUGUGCCGAUCCCGCCCCUGGUUCCGUUAUCCUUCUUGAGAAUCUCCGCUUUCACAUUGAAGAAGAGGGUAAAGGUGUCGACGAGUCCGGCAAUAAGGUUAAAGCGAACCCUGAUGCUGUGAAGGUAUUUUGUGAUUCCCUGUCGAAACUUGGAGACGUCUAUGUCAAUGAUGCAUUCGGUACAGCACAUAGAGGUCACAGUUCCAUGGUGGGCGUGAAGCUGAACCCGCGUGCAGCCGGGUUUCUGAUGGAGAAAGAGCUGGCUUACUUUGCUAAGGCACUGGAAACUCCAGCAAGGCCGUUCUUGGCCAUCCUCGGAGGAGCCAAGGUUAAGGAUAAGAUCCAGCUGAUCGAGAAUCUCCUGGACAAAGUAAAUGAGAUGGCCAUCGUUGGUGGAAUGGCAUUCACCUUCCUCAAGGUGCUCAAAGACAUGAAGAUUGGCAACUCUCUAUUUGACGAGGAGGGAUCUAAAAUAAUCAACAGAUUGAUGGAGAAGGCCCAAAAGAAUGGUGUUCAAAUUCAUCUGCCGGUAGACUUUAUUACGGGUAACAAGUUUGCUGAAGACGCUGAAGUGGGAAACGCUAGCAUCUCUUCUGGAAUCCCUGAUGGAUGGAUGGGUCUGGACUGUGGACCAGAGAGUGUGAAAUCCUUUAAUGAGGCAGUUGCCCGGGCCAAGUUGAUCGUUUGGAAUGGACCUGUUGGGGUAUUUGAGUUUGAAAAGUUUAGCACAGGAACCAAAUCCGUAAUGAAUGCUGUAGUGGAGGCCACAAAGAAGGGAACGACAACCAUCAUCGGUAAGUUGAACUGA